UCAACCAGUCUUAAUCGAUUCAAGAAGUCACCUUUUUCUGCUUUUUUGCUUCUUCCAUCUUUCCUCCGUGAAUAGUCAGAUUCUAUUCUCGCGACUCAGGAAUCAUGGAACUCGUCGAUAAAUUCGUUUUCCUUUGUGCCGUUGUUGCCAUCGUCGUCGCUCAGGAAGCCGUAGAACAAGACCGACCGAAAACUUUCCGAAGAUUGAUACCCGCCGACGUGCUUCGUGAUUUUCCGGGCAUGUGCUUUGCGUCGACCAAGUGCGCAACCAUUGAGCCAAGUAAAUCGUGGGACUUGUCGCCGUUUUGCGGUCGUUCCACUUGCGUGCCCGCUGACGACAACUCUGGUCGUCUCUUUGAGUUAGUAGAGGACUGCGGUCCGCUACCCAAAGCUAAUCCCAAGUGCAAGCUUUCCGACAAGACCAACAAGACCGCGAGCUUCCCUGAGUGUUGUCCAAUCUUCGAGUGCGAGGAAGGUGCUAAGCUUGAAUAUCCGGAAAUCCCAACAGUGCCGACUCCUGAAGCUAAAGUAGCAGAAGACGUGAAGCCGAAGUCAGAAGCGACCAAAGCUUAAGUCAUUAGCUACAAAAGCUUUUUCUGGAGAGAAAAUUGCGGUGUGGCCUUCUCGAGAUUUAAUCAGAUUUACUUUUAACAUCAACGCACAAAAUAUCAACGUAACACAAGCUCGUACAAAUGCGUUUAUUCUUAGCAAUUGUAGAGAUUAAAAAGUAAAGAAAAUAAAUACAUAAAAUAUUUAAACUGAA